AUGGCUGCUAUCGAGAAUAUGGUACGUGACUGGGUCAUUGCUGACGAGAAAGAUUUGUGCCUUAUUACUGCUCUCCUAUUAGAUGAUGCGGAGCAGAUGACGUCGGCUGCUAAAGGGAAGCAGCUCGAAGGUACGCUCACUGAUGCCGAGUUUGCUCUUCAGCUGUACUCGGAGGAGUUGAAUAACGCAGCGAGCUUUGCUUCUGAUCGUCAAAUGACCAGAAGCAUUCAAGAGGCAAUACAAACCGAUCAGGAUACCCUUGUCCAGUUUCAACGUGAGGAGCUCAUGGCGAGGAAUGAUCGGGAGAUCUCGCGAGCAUUGAGCUUAGGAAUUUCCUCUGAUACUUUGCAUGCAGAAGGCGUUGGUUCUGAUGAUUCCGAAUCAGUGGGAAAUUUGGAACUCAUGGAUAAACUCUCCGCGCUCUACAUCACGGGGGUUGAAGACGAAGACCGAGGCGACAGCGACGUAGAGAGUCUUCUUACCGCCGCUGGUGAGCAGCCCGAGAGCUCAUCUUGGGCAGCCUCUCGUAUGCCUCAGAAAACGGCUCGAAGACGGACCUGCCUGGCUUGCGGAGAGAGGAAAUGCUUCACUAAAGUGGCGAGAGCUCCAUGCGACCAUGAAUACUGUCGAGAUUGCCUUGUGCAACUAUUUCAGUGCGCAAUGGCCGACGAGUCGUUGUUCCCUCCUCGUUGUUGCCGACAGAAUAUCCCACUUGAUAAGAUUCAAUUCUUACUUCCAAGAGGACUCGUUAGCGAAUUUCGAAUCAAAGAGAUUGAGUUCUCUACGCCGCGUCGAACGUACUGCCACAACCCGACUUGCGCUGCAUUCAUACCUCCACAAAGCUACGAGGGCGAUAUAGCAACUUGUAACGAUUGCGGCGGAAAAACUUGCAUCACUUGCAAAGGCCCCUCGCAUUACGGCGACUGCCCUCACGACGAGGACCUUCAGCGAGUGCUUGAACUUGCCCAAGACAACAAGUGGCAGAGGUGUCCCAAUUGCUUGUCGUUAAUCGAAUUGAACCAGGGCUGUUUCCAUAUGACGUGUAGAUGUGGUUCUCACUUUUGCUACCUUUGUUGCGCACCCUGGAAGAAUUGCAGGUGUCGUCAUUGGGAUGAGUAUCUGAUCUAUGACCGGGCAGCAGAGAUACACGACAGAGACUAUCGAGAAAACGAACGACCCGACGUUCGAGAGGCGAAUAUCAGAAAUAUUGUAAAUGACUUGAGGGAGUACCAUGAAUGCGAGCACUUGGACUGGAGAUAUCGGUAUGGGGCGUUCAGGUGUGAAGAGUGUAGGGACCGGCUGCCUGAUUACAUUUUUGAAUGUUGCCAAUGCAACACCCUGGCAUGUAGACGGUGUAGGUUCAACCGCCUAUGA